AUGGACGCUUUCAAACUGUUGACAAGGUCAACCAAGUUAAAGCCCGCAACCUCCCAGGCUUCAACGCUUCCAUCUAAAGGGAAGGCAGAGAACCCGCAACUUUUCCGCUCGUCUGCGGCGGAGAAGCUCGAGGAUGGUAAAGGUGGGAAGAAGAGGAAGAGGGCUCACGGGGUGGAUGAAAAUGAUACAGGCACUAUCGAUGAGGAUGCCUUGAAUUUGGACUUUUUUAGCCAAAAUAAAGGCUCUACUACGAGGGCCUCGGAUGCCGCGACUCGGAACGGGAAUGACGCCGCUGCAGUCCAGGACGAGCUGUCUGAUUCGGAAGAAGACAAUUCUAUGGAUGAAGUGCAGCGCCGGACGAUUCUAAAUGCGCAUAAGAUCAAGGUCGAUGAUAUGCGUGACUUUGAGGAAAUCAGCCCUGCCAGUGUUCAGAGUGAGGAGCCAAAGAAGAAGAAGAAGAAGAAGCGCAAGCAGGAGGAGAAGCAACAAGCUCAGUCUCUUAGUAAAAAGGAACAAAAGAAAGCGCGUCGAUUAUAUCCGCAGCCUCUGCUUUCCUUCAAAGAGCUCCGCACGAAAUACAAAAUUUCAAGGCGUCUUGCGGAAAAUGUUGCCGAGCAGGGGUUUACUGUUCCUACUGAGGUCCAGCUCGGAAGUCUGCCUUUGCUCCUUGGCGAUGGAUCAGUGUCUGAGAUAUCGGAUUCUACGAACACUACUGAGCCAGAUCUUCUGGUAGUUGCGCCGACUGGGAGUGGGAAGACAUUGUCGUUUAUGAUCCCGGUUAUCAACAAAAUUGUUCGACAUCACCAUGAACAAUCAGAAGAGCGCGGUAUUUUUGCCGUUGUUGUCGCUCCGACGAAAGAACUCGCCAGCCAGAUUGUUAACGAGGGAAGGAAGCUAGCACUUGGAACAGGUGUGAAGAUUACGUUGAUGAAGAAGGGCAUGCGAGUGGUGGAGCGUGAUGGCGAGGAUGAGAGUGACGUUCUGAAUGAAAGCGAUUCUGAACCGUCAGAAUCAGAAAGCGACGAAAAGACUGCCGAUAACAAGAACAAGGGGGCUAUUCCCAUUACCAAAAGCGAUAUUCUUGUGUCGACCCCCCUACUUCUGGUCAAUGCACUCUCCGAUAACAAAACGAGACCUCUUGGAACCUUACCGUUAGUGAGGAAUCUAGUCAUGGAUGAAGCAGAUGUCCUCCUAGAUCCGUUGUUCCGCGAUCAGACACUCGACAUCUGGCGUUCCUGUACCCACCCAGAACUCCGUGCCAGCCUCUGGUCUGCCACCAUGGGCUCAAGCAUUGAGGAUAUGGCGAAAACAACUAUCAAAGAGCGGAAGCUGUCCCUAACCAAAACCAAGUCAUACCCCUUAAUCCGACUUGUCGUUGGCCUAAAGGAUUCCGCCAUUCCGAACAUUAAACACAAACUAAUCUACGCCGCAACAGAGCAAGGAAAGCUCCUUGGUCUCAGACAGUUACUCCAUCCAACAGCAGCGACAGCCUCAGAUGUCCGUCUUCGACCCCCGUUUCUCGUAUUCACACAAACAAUUCCUCGAGCCAUAGCUCUUCAUUCCGAACUGCUUUACGACAUCCCUCCCGAAGCCGGUGGCUCUGCGCGAAUUGCUGUACUCCAUUCCGACUUAUCAGAUACGCAGAGAUCAGAAAUCAUGAAAGGAUUUCGCAAGGGCGAAAUCUGGAUCCUAGUUACAACGGAUUUGCUCGCCCGUGGUGUUGAUUUUCGUGGCAUCAACGGGGUUGUGAACUACGAUAUUCCCAACACGCCGGCAGUCUACGUUCACAGAGUCGGACGAACUGGACGAGCUGGACGUGAGGGUGGUGUUGCGGUAACUUACUACACGAAAGAAGACAUUCCUUACGUGAAGAGCAUCGCAAACAUCAUCGAUGUCAGUGAAAAGUUACGGGGGGAGUCUGGCGAAAGGUCGGUACAGAAAUGGCUAUUAGAUGCCUUACCGGACCUCAGCAAGAAAAACAAGAAGGAAUUGAAGAAGCACGGUGUCAAGGCCCGGCAAACUAGUCUUAAGACAGAUGACAAGGAACAGCGCCGGACAAGAAUCAGCACAAAGAGCGGUUUUGAGCGGCGGCAGGAAAACAAGAGAAAGGGCGCCAUUGAGGCCAGCCGGAAGAGAUCUCAAAUCCAAGAGAACGAGGCAGACAGCGCAAGUGAUGAUGGUGACGGUUGGAACGGCCUAGAUGAUUAG